AAUGUGACUUUGUAUCACCGCGACAUAAAACAGUUUAUUAAUGUUGAAUUCAACUCACUCUUAGCGUUACACGAGAGUCGGGGAGCUUGCACGUCUCAUUCAUAUUUUCAGAAGGGAAACGCCUAUCUGUUGAUGGUAUCUUUGGUUUGUAACGCUGAUCCUAUUGCAGCUGAUUUAAGGCGACUGCGCAGAGCUACACAGCCGCAGCACAGGACUCUACCCAGCAGCCACUAUGGUGAACACACAGAAAGCCCAACUCAAGAUCUCUACUGCCAACAGAGGAAUUAUGUCUUCAACAUGAGGUUUUUAUAAAUACAAACUGUAUGAUCAGUCGGGACGAUCCGGGACGACUUUCAGCGUUCGGACUGAAAGGCAGUUGCGUUGCGCGUGCCAACCAAAAACUAGGCAACCGUGAACACUUGUAUUCUUGUUUCGUACGGAGAAAAACCCUCAUGAUGAAAUUUAAGCCCAAUCAGACCAGGACUUAUGACGGAGAGGGGUUCAAAAAACGGGCAGCGUGUCUUUGUUUCAAGAACGAGCGCGAGGACGAGGUCUUGCUUGUUAGCAGCAGUCGGCAUCCAGACCAGUGGAUCGUUCCAGGAGGAGGAAUGGAGCCAGAAGAGGAGCCGGGAGGAGCUGCAGUUCGAGAGGUCUAUGAGGAGGCUGGUGUGAAGGGCAACCUUGGCAGGCUGCUGGGAAUAUUUGAGCAGAACCGGGACAGCAAGCAUCGGACAUAUGUGUAUGUGCUUACGGUUACAGAGACGCUGGAAGACUGGGAAGACUCAGUUAAUAUUGGUCGGAAAAGAAAAUGGUUCAAGAUUGAUGAAGCCAUCCGGGUUUUACAGUGCCAUAAACCUGUCCAUGCAGAAUACCUCCGCAAACUCACUCCUUGCUGCGGCCCCACGAACGGCAACUCUCAGGAGCCUAUGAACACCGACGACAACGCCCCCCUACACCAAACAUCCUCACAAGACUGUGGACUGACCCGUUUACACAGAUAGAACUGCCAUCAGACGGCACACCAGAAAGUACUUUAAGGGAAAGAUUCUCGGCCCGAAAAAGACAAUUUGUGCAUGCAUAAUUUCAAUGUUUACUCUUUGAACCUUUUUUAAGUGUAGAAACCAAAGUUUUGAUACGCCUGUUUCUUGUAGGGUAAUUGAGAUCAGAGCCAUUUUUCCAAUUUCACAUUUCUAAACAAACAUUUCAAGCCAGUUAGAGUAUAUAUAAAGUAGCAUGAUUUCAAGUAUUAAGUUUAAAGAUGAUGAAAUGUAAUGAUGAACGUUUUGGAAAGGUUAUAUGACAGAUUUUGCCAGAUUUAUGACAGUGAUGGAUUAUUAUGAAGGUUAUUUUGCCAAGCUUUUGAAGUUGUAAGUUGAUCAGAAGGGAUA